AACGCUUUUUUAAACGCUGCUCUCUUGACUAUUCGCCUGCCUGUCUCCUUCCUUUCGACCUCCGUCUGCUUUUUACAAGCAAUAUAAAAAGAAAACAUCUCUUCAUGUCACGCAUGAGAAUUCCCGUAAUCCUUGUUGUAGUCCAUCUGGUGGUCCUGAUCAUCCUUGCGAGAACAUGGUACUCAGCACAGCCACAAUCGUACAUGGAUGAGAUUUUCCAUGUGCCUCAGGCGCAGCGCUACUGUCAAGGAGACUACUGGACCUGGGACCCAAAAUUGACCACACCUCCUGCUUUAUAUGUCAUUAGCAAUCUACUCCUCUUUGCCACUGGUCAACGUCCAAUUUGUUCUACUCUUCUACUUCGACUCACAAAUUUGAUUUAUCCCUUCUUGACCCUCUAUGCCUUGGUUGGACUGCUCAAAGAGCUCCAUCCGCGUCUUAAUUACCAGGAACGCUUUACCGCCGCUGCAGUCGUCAUUUGUCUCCCUACUCUUUACUUCUUUAACUUAAUGUAUUACACUGAUGGAGGCAGUACUGCAUUCGUGCUUAUUUCGUGGCUGGCAGCCAAAAGGCGCCACCACUUUUUAGCAGCGCUGGGAUCAGCUGUGGCCGUGACCUUCCGACAGACUAACAUCAUUUGGUCACUAUUCAUCCUCGGAACUACAUUACUUGAACUUGCAGAACCAGAAGAACGUCGCCAUUAUGAUCCCAAGGCCGCGUUCAUUAGAACACCGUUACAGCUCGUCAACGCAUUGAAUGGCUUUAUUCACAUGUUGAUAUCUAGAAUUCCAAUUGUUCUUGUAAUCAGUAUUCCUUACUUUGGUCUACUAACAGCAUUUGCUACAUUUGUAAAAUGGAAUGGUGGCAUUGUUCUGGGCGAUCGAUCCAACCAUGUCCCGACCCUUCAUUUGGCUCAGCUACUCUACUUUUCCGCCUUCACAGCCGGACUAUCCAUCUUUGCUAUUUUGGGCGCUGUGCCCUUAGCUCGGCUUUUACCAAAGUUUACGUUGAGAUCCUGGCUGUUCAUCUCAAUGAUGACAUUCACUUUAACUCUUUGUAUCCGUAAAUUCACGGUUGUACAUCCAUUCCUUUUGGCUGACAACAGACACUACACUUUUUACAUCUGGAAACUUCUAUCAAAGCACAAUGGAGUUCUUCUAUAUGCCUUAGUGCCUUUUUCUAUUGUAGCUGCAUGGUUUUGUUGGCAAGCUCUAGCCACCGAGCAAACCAUACUAUGGCUGGCGGUUUACGGGAUCGCAACCGCACUGACACUAAUACCCUCUCCUUUGUUGGAAUUCCGAUACUUCAUAAUACCAUACUUGAUUUACCGGCUCGCAAUGCGCCAGCCGCGAGGAGUCUGGCUUGCACUCGAGUUUAUAACAUAUACGAUCAUCAAUGCUUUUACGAUUUGGAUGUUCUUGAAGAGACCCUUUCGCUGGGCUCACGAAGAAGGAGUGCAACGAUUCAUGUGGUAGAUGAACUCCUGUCGUCGAAGACAACCCCUUUACGAACUCAAAGGGGCCAUUUGUUUACUUAAUAUCGCUGUUGGACUAGACAGAACAAGAAAAGACCAUCAAUAUAAUGUAGUACUGU